AAUUGUUCUCUUCAUAGGUUUGCAACAACAACCAGAACUGCCAUUGUUUCAGUGGAUGGGCACCUCCAUUUUGCAAUAAACCUGGGAAUGGAGGAAGCCUGGACAGUGGCCCCAUGCCUUCAGAAAGUCCUGUUCCAAUCAUCAUAGGAGUCUUGAUUUCUAUCUUGAUAUUGAUCAUAACUGUAGUGGCUUUUUGCUGCUAUAAAUGGAGAGCCAGGCUUGUUCCAUUAAAGCAGACCAUAAUUACAUCAAAUAAAACCCAACCGUACAGUGCUCCUCCUCCCAUUCAGAAUGCUGCAAAUGGCCAUGCCAAUCCAGCCUUCAAACUGAAAACCCCUCAGGACCAGAGAAAGAUCCCUCCUGUUUCUGAAGUGCAUUACUACGAGCCACCUCCGGAGAUCAAACUCCAUGUCCACCCACCCGCUUUCCCAAAUAACUAUACAAGGAAACCACCUCUCCUGCAGCAUCAGAGCGAGGUGAAGGGCAUCCCAAAGCGGACUCCACCAAACCGGCCAGCACCUCCAGCUCCCAAAGGCAUUGUGCCACAGGAUUUCUCCAGGCCACGACCCCCUCAGAAAGCUCUUCCUGCUAAUCCAAUCCCUACAAGCGCCAGGACUGCACUGCCCAAGAUAAAUGAUACAGCAGGAGUAGCACCCCAAGGUACUGCAAGAAGUGUCAGAGGGCAUCAGAUCCUGACUGAGAAUGCAAUCAUCAAGAAUGCUGGAGCAGUGAACACCCUGAAAUUUAGAAGCUGAGCUUCAUUUUACAAUUUUUAAAUCCACACCAGUUUCCUUCUUGUUCGACCUGGGACUUCCCAUGGGUUUUGUCUCCAGUAAGAUGACAUGUGGGCCAUGUACAAUUCUCAAAUUACUGUAUCCCAUCUCAUAUAGCUCACUGAGGCUGAUACCAGGGCUGGUUUUAGCAAGCGUAUCUACCAUUUGUGGCACAGGUAGCUGCAGUUUUGCUGGAAAUCAGUACACAUCAGAGUUAAAGUGACCUAGUUUGCCUUUUUUCCCCCUUUUAAAAAGGCAAUUACUGUACAUAUUAUAGUGCAAUACAGUGUGCUGAAAUGAGAGAGGGAGAGGUCUCAGUUCUCUCCCAGUAUUAUCUCAACAAACAACAAAACUGAUUUUAACCAACAUUUCAUUGUGAGCCAGCACAUUCUUCUCAUUUCCCACAACACCUGUGUACUUUUACCAGAAUCACAGAGCUGUAAGAAGAUUGCUAUUGUGGCGCCCCUGCUGUUACCUUAGGGCUCAUGGUAUCUUCUCCACUUUGCGCUAUAAGAAAAGGUUUUUCAAUCUUGCUGAAUUUUGCCAUGUGACUGGAAGAGAGGUUUCCCUCAACCUUUAUUAAGGAAUUAUCCAGAGUUCAGUGCUUACAACUUGUCUUUGACCUCUUGUGAAACCUUUUGUUCUUCUACAUGUCACAUCAACGUCUUUCGCCCAAAACGUUCCUGAUGGUGGCUUUCUGGAUCUGAAAGCAUCAGUGAUGUAAGAGCACUCUUCAUUCAUCUCCCAUACUUCUAUGACAUCUACUCAGCUCUGCUAGCAUUUGCUGUCUUCACAACAGGUCUUUGUCCAGCUGUACUGAAGGCUGGAGAGCUUUUGUGUGGUGACAUGCAAUUUGCCUUAACCUCCAAGGACCUGCCAUUUCUUGAGCCCCCUGUGUUGGUGUCCAGCUGUCCCUUUCUCUGCCAUUUCAACCAUUGCUGUUGGCUUCUAUUUAGACUAGACUUCUGCCAUGUCCUGUCUGGCAAAUGAUGAGGUCAGCAACAAUGGAAUGAAGGAGACCUCUCUGUCACAAAUGUAUAUGAUCAUCAUGUGUUCCUUAUACACAUGUUGACUUUUUUCUGCUCUGAUAUCCAAUCAGGUGAACAUAUGGGCCUCUAGAUGUUUUGGACAUCACGUGUCAGAUGAUCCAGCUAGAGUGGACAGUGGUAAGGAAUUAUGAGUGUUUUCAUCCAAAACAUCUGGAGGACCAAAUUUUCUCCCCCCCCAGUGUAGGAUGUAGUUCAUAAACCACCAUUACAUUCAGUGUGAGCACUCAGCCUGAUCCAUAUGAGAUUUUUGUAACCACAUACUUAAAGCACAUGCAUUUUCCCCCCAUACAUGGAAAUUAUAUCCACAUGCAAAUAUUUUUCAUGUAAGAAACAGGAGAGCAGAUGAAUCAUAUGGGCUCCUUGUCAUUUUAGUUUUGGAUCUGUGCCAGUUUAAAUGAUCUUUAAAAUGAACUGCCAAACAAAACAUACCAAUCAGCCAAAUAUUAGCAAGGCACUAUGAAGGAGUCAUAAUUGAUUGCAUUUAACUAUAAGUUCUGCCACACAUUAUUUUGUUUAUAUAAUCCAGACACUUAAGUUAGGUAUUUUUGUAUUUGUCUUUCAUUUGGAUUGGGCACAGUCAUUCAGGAAGUUUACUCAAUAAUUUGUCUCAGGGUAACUGCACCUUUGCAUCCUGCUCUUCAUUGUUGCAAUUUUAUACUUGGCAAUGGUUGAUAGCUGGUGUACCUUAGCCAUAACCUAGAAUUAAUACCAACUGGUUAAGUUUCAGUGAUCAGUAUUGUGGCUAAUAUGGUUGAAUCUGGAGCUGCACUUGGUUAGACUUCUGCAGUAUUGCACAGUUGCAGUUCUGCAUGCAUAAAUAUUCAACAGGAUACUGGACAGCAUAAAACCUCAGACAAGGCACUAGAAGCAAACACCAUAAUCCCAAUAUAAGGAGGAACACUAUGUUGUUAUCCUUUUACUAGUGUUCUUGUGCACACAGAAAGUCAGCUCAAACCCAGCAGGAAUGCAUAGGGCUUGAGCUGACUUUCUAGAGUGCAUGUUUUAAUUCAUCUACCUUAUCAGGGGGAGAUGAAUUUCGGUCAGCUCAACAGAAUGUUUGCCUUAAUUCAUGGUGCUUUAACCAUGGGGCAGCUGAACGAAUUCUAACUUCCUUGCAACUAAGCAGCUAAGCACUAUCACACAGACUGUGUUUUGCACUUAAAUCAGUUUGGUGUUCCCAACAUAGAGCUGUAAUGUUGUCACUUUUGGCAGCCUAAAGUCUGAGCUGGUAAGGGGAGCAUUUCACAGCCACCCACCGUCAUACACACUCAGACCACAGGAUGCCCCUGGUUGUUACUGAUUUGAGGCUUUACAAGUAUUUUCUCAGGUUUAAAGUCACUUUGUAGUGAUUUGUUUGUCCUGUCAACCCCCCCGCCCCCGAAUCCAUGAUUGUUUUGCUAAAACAGGAACUAUUUUGGUUCCCACCUUGAACAGACAGGAGACUUGAAUCAAUAGCAAAAAUAUAUCUAGGUGCUAUUAAUAGAAAGGCAGUGUGUUUGGCUGGAGGCAAUAUAGACUUUUUAAAAAUUAUACAAGCUUCUAUGUCAGCCUUGGUCAUCUUCUUUCAAGAGGGGACCCAACAGUAGUAUAGAGAGACCACCUGGGAAACAAAGACCAUGGUUUCAGAAAUAUGUUCCAACCUGUAGAUCAGGAGCUAUUGGUUCAAUAACUUUGCAAUUGUGAAAGGGUGUCUUAACUUUGUACUUGUGUUACAGUAUGAUUCUUAUGAUUUCUUUUGAGCAUCUAUGACCAUUUCCCCUCCUGAUCCUGAUUCUCAGGUUGUGCUCAUUCCUUCCUUACCACAUUUCAGUGCUAGUUUUAAAACCAAGCCAAAUAGUCGUUUGAGAUACGAUUAUCAAAGAGUUUUCUAUCCUUUUUUAAUUGAAAAUAUUCGGAAGGAAAGGUUGUGUGUGCACGUUAGCUGCCACUUACUUUGAAACAGAAAAUGUCUGAAACAAGAAUGCACAGUAAACUCUGAAGAUGAUCUAUGUCCUGAAGACUCAGGUGCUGUUAGGGUAAUGGGAUCAGUAAUCAGUGACUCAGAACUGUGACAGGGGAAGAUGCAACAGAUUUUGUUUUAAUGUGUCAUUGAUGAGCCUUGCCUCCACUGGUUUCAUGAAAACCCAGGUUUAGGCCAUAUCAGAAUAUACCAAAGAACAAUGGUGUACAGUCCCAAAGAGAAUAUUUAGAGCUGGAUUACAGGAUUGCCAAGUCUCAAAAGGGACUUUCUUAAAAAUUCCACAAUGAAAAAAAAAUAUAAUUUACUUCCCCCUCUGCCCUGCAGCAGAAAUAUGGCUAAAUAUUCUUUUACCCCAUCUGGUAUGAUGUGGAACUAAAGGGACCUUGUGUAUGGCAAGAGAUGAAAGAGAAGGAUGGUUGUCCCAGCACUGCUGGACCUUGGAGGGAACUCAGACUGGUAGAAUUUCCUCUCCAUAUAGAUCUUCUGGGACAACUAAGAAUUGACAACCUUAAAUUAAGUGUGUUUACUCCUGUGUAUGUAGAAAGAAUGCAUUGGGAAAAAAACAUUAAAUUAGGCUGCAAAUCUAUGCACAUUUGCUUAGGAGUGAAAUCCACUGAAUAACUUGGGACUUCCCUUCAAAGGAAAAAAAAAGCAUAGGAUUGCACUGACUGAUUUUGAUUUUUAUUAUUUUGGGAGAGCCUAGGCACCAUGUGCUACCGUUUUAUGUCUCACAGGUUUACAGUACAAUCUCUGUGCAUCUAUGCAAAUACUUGAAUAAUGCUGUUUGUUGUGCCUUUUGCCUAGUUAUAUUUAAUAAAAUUUGUGGUUAUUAUUGCUGUAUUCACUUAACAAAUCUUUGUUGGG